AUGUCCGUGCACUUUGAGGAGAGGAGCGGGGUGGUCCCCUGUACCACUCCCUGGGGGUCCUGGUACCAGACUAUGGAGGAGGUGUAUGUCCAGGUCAACGUGCCCAACGGGACCUCAGCCAAAGAAGUCAAGUGCCGCCUUGGAUCAAAAGACAUCGAGCUCCACGUGCGAGGACAGGAGAUAUUUAAGGGAAAACUGUUUGGGUCGACUGUCUCUGAUGAAGCAACAUGGACUUUAGAGGAUAAAUGUCUCAUCCAUAUCGUCCUAAUGAAGACAAACAGAGAGGCGGGUAACUGCUGGUCGUCUCUGUUGGAAGGGGAAUAUUGUGCCAACGCAUGGGUCCAGGACCAGAUGCAGAGAAAACUCACUCUGGAGCGGUUCCAGCGGGAAAAUCCUGGUUUUGACUUCAGCGGUGCAGAAAUCUCUGGUAAUUUUGCAGGAGGUGGCCCAGACUUUUCCAGUUUGCAGAAGUAA